GAGGAUUGCUUUCUAGUCCCGCCGAAACUGAGCAAAGCAUGCUGGGGCAUGUAGUGCUGGUGGUUUCUUUUCUGAAGUCCUCAGUUUCGACCCGGUGGAGUCCUGCUUCUCUGCUCCCUUGAACUCUUUUCUUGUUUUGGCCCGUUUGAAGACCAGGAAGUUGAUGAAUCCUGAGGCCGCCUGCUGACAGACGGUGGCUCGGGUGGGACAAUCACCAGGGAUGGCGGAGCGUGAGGAUGGAGCGAGUGUCCGGGCUGCUCUCCUGGACGCUGAGCAGAGUCCUGUGGCUCUCAGGCCUCUCUGAGCCGGGAGCUGCCCGGCAGCUCCGGAUCAUGGAAGAGAAAGCGCUAGAGGUUUAUGAUUUGAUUCGAACUAUCCGGGACCCAGAGAAGCCCAAUACCUUGGAAGAACUGGAAGUGGUAACGGAGAGCUGUGUGGAGGUUCAGGAGCUAGACGAAGAGGACUAUCUGGUUAUUAUCAGGUUCACGCCUACCGUACCUCAUUGCUCUUUGGCGACUCUGAUUGGCCUCUGUUUAAGAGUAAAACUGCAGCGGUGUUUGCCAUUUAAACACAAGCUGGAAAUCUACAUUUCAGAAGGAACCCACUCAACAGAAGAAGACAUCAACAAGCAGAUCAAUGACAAGGAGCGGGUGGCAGCCGCCAUGGAGAACCCGAACCUGCGGGAGAUCGUGGAGCAGUGUGUCUUGGAGCCUGACUGACCUCUGCCCCAGGGCCACACACAGCGAAUUGUUUGGUGUAUUUGUUUAAACCCUUGUAAAGUGUAAAAGACUUGUGUUUAAUACAUAGAUGAUUCAUACCUCAAAGUAUUUUCUAAAGGAUUAUUUCCGAGCAAGUUUUAAUUACAAGGCUUACCUGACAUAUCCAGUGAAUAACAUUCUCAGGAUUUGUAACACGUAACCGAUCAGACAGAAGAAUCUUUUCUAGCUAUUAUGAGUAAGAUUAGUCACUAUUUUUUGAUGCCCAUUCUGAUACAACUACUUUUCAUGUCAAAUAUCUGCUGUGCUCAAGUGUAUUCAAUUUAAAUCAUUAAAAUAAAUAAAUCCUGUGAUUCUUAUAA